AUGUCUUGUAAUUAUUUUAAAUUAUCUUUGUUUUCUAUUCUACUUUGUAUAUUAGUAUAUACAAAUAAGUUCUCCCGUGAAAAUAUAUGUUAUAAUAAAACAAAUACGGUUGAUAUUAUAAAUGCAACACCUAGGAUAUUACUAGCCAAAGCACAAGAAACAGAUAUAUUCAAGACACAUUCAGGAGAAAAUGCAUUAACAUACCCAACAGUUACUAAAUUAGAGGAAAAUGUUACAGAAUAUCAUAAAACAUCAUCUUAUUGUACAUUAAAUAAUGAAAUUCUAGAAGAACAUGAUAAUCAAACAGAACAGGUAGAAUUGGGAAAUGAGAAUAAUAAUAAAUCAGAUUUACAGAAAUCACGUAAAAAAUCACCUUGCAAAGGAAUGAAAAAAAUUGGAAAAAUAUUUAUAUUAAUAGGUUUACCAUUUUUGUUGGUAUUAUAUAUCCCAUAUUACGCACAUAAAAAAAUAAAAAAAAUUUAA